AUGGCGAGGACAUUCAAGAUCAUUGCAAAUACUAUGAGUGGUAAACACCUCCCAACUAGCACAAGCGCGUACCGGUCUGGAAUACCAGGAUUCGUUACUCGAAACCCUCCCUCCAAACAUUCCACAAGCUCGGACCAGCGGGCGUAUGUGGAACUGACAAAUGAACACUCGUAUGGAGAGCGCUUUUCCGCGUCUACUAGCCCGGGAACGCAACACUGGCCAGCGGAUCAGAGAGGAUCGUUAAGUGUUGAUCACCCAGCUUGCGGAUCCAUAACAACUGAUGAAACGCUCGUGAAUCGAUUUCCAAGCUCCGCUGCUAUGCACCGUUUCUGGAAUUGUUCGCCUAGUAUAGCGCACAAUGGCACAAUUCAGCAGCGUGAUGCUGGGGUAGCUGGGAUUUUGCGAGGUCAUAACCGAAUUCUUCACGGUGAGAAUUUGCCACAUCCGGCACCUCAAAAUCCGCAAUCUGUACGCGUAUGCUAUGACCUUGCAUACGAAGGUGCUGUCAUACCUCCUAACAAUCCAUCAUGCGAUCUAGAAGGACGGGGUGGCCAAUGGCGAACACCGCUAGAGGAUGAAGUACCAGGAGUUGCACCUGCAUUAGGACUAGCCUCAGCUGGAUAUUGUUCGGGCGUGGGGGGAACUGGGAACACGGCAAUAUCUGAGACGAUGUACACUGGAAUUGACAUUCCAAAACCACUAGCCCAAGUAAGUGGAUCCAAGGAAUGCUCAUGGGUAUACAACAGUACCGGAUACUACGAGUCCCCAGAACAUUCCCCAAGUCCCGGACAGCAAACGCACGUAUCGUCCACAGAAUCAACAGGUCAAAUAAGACCCCAGCGAAAACGCAGCCAUGGCCUCGAAAGCAUUCCAUCAACGAUCCCAGCAGCACCAUUCAAAUGUGAUGAGCCUGGCUGCAACGGCAAAUUUAAGCGACAUGAGCACCUGAAAAGGCAUCUGAAAAGCCACACCAAUGAGAAACCGCAUGUUUGCUGGGUUCCCGAUUGCAACAGGAGCUUUUCAAGAAAUGACAACCUCAAUGUGCAUUACGCCACAACCCAUGGAAAAAAGGGAGGUCGAAACCGCUACGUAGCAACGCUGGAUGAGGCAAGUUCAGAGUAUGAUCCAGACUUCCGGGGUGACUUAACUCCGGAUGGGCGGCCAGUUCGCUCUCUGGAAGCCAAUAAUGACAUUGAAAAACAUGUCCAGAUGCGAUAA